AUGCAGGUGCCGCCCGAGCAGGGGCAGCUCAUGGCGCUGCUCAUCGAGCUCAUGGGCGCCAAACGCGUGAUCGAGGUCGGGACGUACACCGGUUACUCGUCCAUCGCGAUGGCGCUCGCGCUGCCCGCCGACGGCGUCCUGGUCGCGUGCGACACGUCCGAGCCCUCGUUCGAGAUCGCGAGGCGGUACUGGAAACUCGCGGGGGUCGAGUCGAAGAUUGAGGAGCGGCUGGGCGACGGUAAGGCGACCCUGGACGCGCUGCUCGCCAGGGACGGUCCGGGGCACUACGACGUCGGAUUCGUCGACGCGGACAAGAGGGGAUACUGGGAGUACUACGAGAAAUUGCUCAAGCUGGUUCGACCCGGCGGCUUGAUCGCUGUCGACAACGUGCUCUGGUACGGCAAAGUCGCCGAUCCGGACGUCGCGGAUAAGCAGACGGAGGCGAUCAGGGAGUUCAACGCGCGGGUAGCGGAGGACGAGAGGGUGACGCAGCAGAUCGUGCCCGUGGGCGACGGCCUGACGCUGUGCCGCGUGCGGUGA